AUGACAGAUCCCAAACGCACACGAUCGUCUCGGUCCACACUUGAAGAUGCCAAUGAAGAACAUCGUCUUUGGAAAGAAAUAUGCAUUGCCCUUAUGGAAUUCGACCGCAUUCAAAAGCGAAUAGCCUUCGUGCUAAGGGAGAUAAACACCAUAUUAAGCACAACCGAUUUUGACCAAGGUAUCCCGGCAAACCUGGCGGAUCAGCUGAAACAGUAUUAUGCAGAAGGCAUUGAGCUGUCAAUGAAGGAACUCAACGCCAACAAGAACACAUCAGAAAAGCUAUCGGUGCUCAUUGCCUUACGUGAAGCAUCACAAGAUGCGCUUGACCCACAAUGGAAAAGACGACGACGGGAUGAUGGAAGACGCAAAACAAAGAAACGCAAAACUUGA